AUGCAUGAGCUUGAGAGCCGGCUAUAUCAGGCUGUGGAAACACAAGAAGAAGGAGAACCACGGAUGUGUAGAGCAUCGCAAGGCUUCAUCCGCAGACUGAACAUCGACAUCGAGGAGGAAAUAGUGCCUCGGGACUUUCGAUAUUGGCUGCGACUAGUGGCGGAUUGGACUCGAAGUCCGCUAUGGGCUAUAUCGCGCUCGAGCUACGGCCCCACAUCGACUAGGAUGAUCAACGUUGACAGUGACGGAGAGGUCAGCCUCGAGGUUACGCACGAAGCUGCUCUGCGAAGGGAGAACCACCAUGGGCUGAUGAGGGACUUCUACAGAGAGAUCGAGCCAACACUGAUCGCCAAUGGCGAUCUCGAAGACCAAACGGACACGUUGAAUAAUCGGACGCAACCGAGCGCUUCAGAUGUGCCAGAGGACACACGAGAACCGCGACGGCAGCAGCUUCUUCGAGAACUGCCAAUCGCCCGUAGGAGCUUUCGGAACGCCCACGACGAGCUUGACACGCUGGGGGGUCGGUACAAGGACCAGCUUGAAGGGUAUAACAUGACAUACCGCAUAGAGCCGGAACUUGAUGAAGACCCAGAAGAUCAAAGUCCGGACAACGCGUUCGACAGGGAGUUCAUGGCCAAUACCUGGAACGCAAACAGAGCUAUUAGGACAGCCGAGGCCCAGAUCAGAAGUCUUCGAAAUGAAGCUCUAGAGCUGAAGGUGGCCGAUCCCCAAGAACCUGGUCUUCUGGGAGUCUUGGAUCAUCCCGACGAUGGUUUCGCGCAGUCGAAUGGCUCGACUUGGCGAUUGAAAGAUGACCUAGUUGCUGCAGAAAACUGGCCAGGUAUACAUCACUGGCUGCAGACUGCUGCAGGGUCGCCAAGUGAGCACGUCAAAGCACCGAGCGAGGUUGCCAACAUCGAAGUCGGUGACUCUGUGAGGUCUGCAAUGUCCUGCUUGGAGCCGAGUACCAUGCCGGCCGGUUUCAUAGAUCGGUGGACAGCGGAGAUGGUAGUGACCAGAGCGGAAGCUGAAGAAAAAUGGCUCGAACAUUACCGAGCACUGGGCAAAGAUCCACCUCGCGGUAUAUACUUAGUAGAACUCAUGAACGUCGAGACGCGCACGAAGUUCGCGAAGCAGAGGCCAUAA